UGAGUCCCUAGCGGGGAUCCGUCCUCCCGUCCUGGCGUUUGCCCGCAGGAAGAUGGCGGCGGUCUCAAUGUCAGUGGCGGCGCUGAGACAGGCGUUGUUGGGGACAAGGGCAGUGGCUGCAGCGGCCGUUUCCGUCUCUAGAGUUCCAUCCAGGUUGUUGAGCACAUCCACAUGGAAGCUGGCACAGAACCAAACUCAAGACACACAGCUUAUAACAGUUGAUGAAAAAUUGGAUAUCACUACUUUAACUGGUGUUCCAGAAGAGCACAUUAAAACAAGAAAGGUCAGGAUCUUUGUUCCUGCUCGAAAUAAUAUGCAGUCUGGUGUAAACAACACAAAGAAAUGGAAGCUGGAGUUUGAUACCAGAGAGAGAUGGGAAAAUCCUUUGAUGGGUUGGGCAUCAACGGCUGAUCCCCUCUCCAACAUGGUUCUAACCUUUAGUACCAAAGAAGACGCAGUUGCCUUUGCAGAAAAAAAUGGUAGCUCCACUGAAGAGUCUUCUCUCCCCAGUAACUGUUUACUGCUUCUAUAACCUCAACAGAUCCGAUGGAGCUAUGAUGUGGAAGAGAAGAAGGUUCCAAAACCCAAGUCCAAGUCUUACGGUGCAAACUUUUCUUGGAACAAAAGAACAAGAGUGUCUACAAAAUAGGUUGGCACUGGCUUCAUUUCUGCUUGACUGUGAAUCAAGUCAGCUGUGCACUAUUUAUAGCCCAUGGAUAAUGCACCUCUUAAUCUCCUAAUAAAUGUGACCUUUAAACCACA